CGGUGGUACUCAACCUGAAGCACACAUAUUUGAGGCUGGCCCUGUGGGUAGAUGCUGAGAUAACCAUGAUGGGGGGGGACUGGCCUUUGGUUACUUUGAUUAGCAGUACAUGUGUAUGCUGCUGGUGCAAGAUUUAAUGGGAGUUGGGGCUGGAGAGAUGGCUCAGUGGUUAAGAGCACUGCCUGCUCUUCCAAAGGUCCUGAGUUCAAUUCCCAGCAACCACAUGGUGGCUCACAACCAUCUAUAAUGGGGUCUGGUGCCCUCUUCUGGCCUGCAGGCAUACACACUGACAGAAUAUUGUAUACAUAAUGAAUAUAUAUAUAGGAGUGAAUUUGUGCAGCCUCAGAACCCAGGGAGUAUACAGUAUUAUUUGUUGAGGAGGAACUGGGUUCCCCAGGAUUUGGACAAGACCACUUUUUAUCACUCCUGAGCAAACUCCAUGGGGACAGAUAGAAAGACAUGGAUGUCCUCUCUGGAGAUUCUGGGAGAUAUGAGGAACACAAACAGGGCCUCCCAGACACCUGGAGGAGGCCCUGGGCCACCCACUGUUUCUUUAUAGGUUCUAGCAGAUAGAGCCAUAGAAGAAGCUGACCAGGGGUUUGAGCUGAGUAGUAAAGCAGAGGUCAGGGGUCAGAGGUGGAAAGAUGCUGCAGACUUUCCUACUUUGUUUAUCUUGAGUUAAGGUCUCUCUGUAUAGUCAGCCAGGGGUAGUUGGUCACCUUGGGAUCAGCCUUUGUUAUGUUUUUGUUUUGGUCUUUUUGAGACAGGGUUUCUCUCUAGCUUUGGAACCUGUCCUGGAACUAGCUCUUGAAGACUAGGCUGACUUUGAACUCACAGAGAUCCGCCUGCCUCUGCCUCCCAAGUGUUGGGAUUAAAGGUGUGCGCCACCACCACCGGGCUGGAAUCCGUCUCUUGAAUUUGUAGGACUGCCCCAGUUGAAAGGCAGCCCUGAGCUUCACCUUCUGUCCCAUCUACCAAGUAUGUAGGGCCAACCGAGCAGGCGAUGUCCUGUAGUUUGUGUGGAAGGCAACUGUCUGCCUGAUAACAUUGGCCUCUCCUGGAGUGGUCCCAGCACUUGACACCAUCUGAUCCUUCCUACUGGGCUUCUCUUCCAUCAAAACCCAUUCUGAUUGGUCCUUCUAGUCACUAAGUAUGUGACCAUCAUUCUUCUCUGAUGUCAUCACAAACCCUGGGUUCCUAUUGGUCUCCUUGGGUUCCAAAGCAAUUGUGCCAUCAGUCCCCAUAGAAGGGCCCCAGGAGUCUGCAAGAGAGGGGAGUGUCCUGGGUCAGUCCAGCACAGAAGGAUCCCCACUGAGGGCUGCUCACCUGCCCUGGGGACUCAGAACACACAUGACCUGCCCUACUGGAACUCAGGCAGGCACCUCCCCAGGAAGCCCCAAGGAUCGCAGAGAUUCACGGGAUACACUGAGUCCCUGAUGUUCCUACCUCUCGCCAGCACCCUUCAACACCACAGAAGCAGCCAACAUGCCAGUCACCAAGUGCCCAAGAAAAUCAGAGCCCCUGUGGAAGGGGUGGGACUGGAAAGCCCAGAAGAAUGGACUGAGGCACCAAGUAUUUGCAGUGAACGGCGAUCACUAUGUGGGCGAAUGGAAAGACAACUUAAAACAUGGGAAAGGAACACAGGUCUGGAAGAAGAGCGGCGCUACCUAUGAAGGAGACUGGAAGUUUGGAAAGCGAGAUGGCUAUGGCACCCUCAGUCACCCUGACCCAGAGACCGGAAAGUACAGAAGGGUGUACUCAGGCUGGUGGAAAGGGGACAAGAAAUCGGGCUAUGGGAUCCAGUUUUACGGACCCAAAGACUAUUAUGAGGAGAAUGGGAACCGAUAUGAAGGCAGCUGGGAGAGAGGCAUGAAGAAUGGGCAUGGGCGUUUCUUUCACCUGGACCACGGGCAGUUGUUUGAAGGCUUCUGGGUGGAUGAUGUGGCCAAGUGUGGUACCAUGAUUGACUUCGGCCGUGAUGAGGCCCCGGAGCCCACCCAGUUCCCCAUUCCUAAGGUAGAGAUUCAAGACCCAGAUGGUGUUCUGAAGGAAGCAAUUGCUGCGCUGAAGAACUCGGAGGAUGAAGAGGACUGACGUCUGAUGAUUGUGUUUCUAAUACUAGUUCCAGCAUCAUCCCCACCUGUAGAGAGAGCACGUCAAGGCUCAGGAGAAACGCCAGCCCUUGUCACCAAACUGCUCAGACCGGUGCAGCUCCUGCAGAAGCAAGCAAGCGACUCUGGGCACGCCCUUGGCUCCCUCAGAGGGCACCCACUCCUCUAAGACACUAGGUUAUUCUUUGCCAAUGGAGGUGUGGUAUUACUUCUCCCUGGCUGGCCUUGGGGACCCACUUGUUUAAAUCCUUUGCCCUAUGCCUUUUUAUCAGAGGACAUGAAAAUAAAGAACCUGGUGGCCUUGCACCAAGGACCUAUGGCUCGAGCAGGGGUGGGAGGAGUCAGAGAGGGAAGGGAGGCAGCCUCACCAACUGUGUGGUUCCCCCAACUGUGUGUCAGGAGGAGUUGAGGAUUCGAGGCAGGGGAGCACGGAAGUGGCUUCAGUUCCAUUGCAUCGGAGCCAGCCACGAGCAGAGAGUGAGUUGCCCUCUCUGCCACAAUGGCCACCAAGAUUUGAGAUUAAAGCAGGUCCCCACCUCCUUAGCCUAUCACAGGAAUCUCAAGGAAACUUUAAAAACCAUGAGUAUACAGGACAGCUGUUGCAGCCCGUGCCCUAACAACAGAUAUUUGGAAGCAGAGGCAGGUGGAUCUCCUCCGAGUUUGAGGCCAGUCUGGGCUACACACUCAGUAGGGCAGUAUCUUGAGAUCUCACAGUAAAAAGACGGUGGUUUAAAACCACUGAGCAAGAAUCCUUUCACCCAGCUCCUUGGGGACAUUUGGUUAUGCUUGGAGACACUCCUGAGUUGUCAUGGUGACAGAGAGCCAUGCUAAUGGCAUCUUAGGGCAAUGAUGUUGGGUUUUUUUUUUUGUUUGUUUGUUUGUUUUUUUUGAAUUUUCGAGACAGGGUUUCUCUGUAGCUUUUGGUUCCUGUCCUGGAGCUAGCUCUUAUAGCCCAGGCUGGCCUCGAACUCACAGAGAUCCACCUGCCUCUGCCUCCCGAGUGCUGGGAUUAAAGGUGUGUGCCACUACCGCCCAGCUAGGGCAGUGAUGUUGUUAAACAUGCUAUACUUUUUUAAGUUUUAGUUUGUUUGUUUGUCUAUUUGUUUUUCUGAGACAGGCUUUCUCUAUGCAAUAGCUCUGAUGGUUCUGAAACUCACUAUGUAGACCAGGCUGGCCUAGAACUCACAGAGAUCUGCUUGCCUCUGCCUCCUGUAUCACUAUGCCCAGCUCAACAUGCUACAUUGUAAACAGAUUACAAAGGAAUAAUUCAGCUCAAUGUCUGUCCGUAAAGCAAAUGUCCCAAACUCAGUGAGGCAUGGUGGCUCACACCUAUACUCGCAGCACUCUGGAGGUGGAGGGAAGAGAAUCAUUAAGGGUUUGACACCAGCCUGCUCACUAGUGAGUACAAGGAUGGAUCAACAAAACAGAAAAGCUCACACUGAUAUCAGGAGGCUUUCUCUGCCCCUAAAUUCUAAGUGUGCUGACCUACUUCAGUGUGUGUGGUAUUGACUGCAUCUGACUCCAAGAUCAAGGUAUAACUCCAUGCUAAGUGUGCUUACAUUGUCCCAGACUGGGUGUGGACAGCUUCAGCUGCCUCUCCUGUGACUCCCUAACCUGUGAGGUGACCUACUGUUCUCUGCUGUUCUAGAGGAAACAGGUUUGUAAGUCUCCAAGCUAAUACUGUGCCUAACCUAAUUGUUUUGCUUUUUCAAGACAAGGUUUUAGCUCUGACUGUCCUGGAACUUACUCUGUAGACUGGCCUUCAACUCACAAAGAUGUACCUCCCUCUGCCUCUCAAGUGCUGGGAUUAAAGAUGUGUGCCACCACUGCCUGCCCCUAUAUAUUCUUUUGUGUGUUUGCCUGCAUGUACCAUGUCUGUGUACCAUGUGCAUGCCUGGUGCCCAAGAAGGUGUAACAAAUGGUUGUGAGCUGCUACAUGGGUGCAGGGAAUCUAAACAGGGUCCCAGAGAGCAGCGAGUGCUCUUACCCACUAAGCCAUCUCUCCAGCCUAGAUCUCUACAUUCACAGGUAGUGAAGUAUAUGGCUUCUUCCCAGGCAUGAUGGUGCAACCUUUAGUCCCAGCAUUUGGGAGGCAAAGGCAGACAGAUCUCUGUGACACCAGCCUGGUCUGUAUACUGUAUACCUCAAAAAGGGGUGGGGUUUGAGGAUAUACUUAUCUAUACAAAGCAAUAAACUGGUAACAGUAGUUACUCCUAGAGACAACUGAGGACUUGGGAAUAGGAGUGGAAAGUGACUUCUGUUUGACUUUUGAGACAGAGACAGGGUUUCUCUGUGUAACAGCCCUGUCUGUCCUGAAACUCACUUUGUAGACCAGGCUGGCCUUGAAUUUAAGAA